GGCGGUGUGGGCGCGCUCGCCAUACACGUUGAAGUCGGCGGGCCCAAGCUCGUCGCUUAUAAUGCUCGGUCCGUCGUCGACGUCGCCCUCCUUUGCUUACCAUCAGUCAAUGUCCACGUCGGGCUGCACCCUCACAUCCCUGCAUAAUUGCUCGCUCUCACAUCACCUAACAUGUCUACAAGCUCGCACAGCGACUCCGCGUCCACGUCGCGCUCCCCACCUAUGAAGGCCUCCCGCAGAAUGUGGCCGUCUGCCGACGACCAGGCUCAUCGCCAGGAAUCACCCGGCGUAGAUCCCCGCCUGCUCAUUGGGAAAGUCCUUAAGGGCAUCCGUCGGUCGCCCGCUCACCCCUGCGUCACACUCUACUUCACCGAUAACACCUCAUACCAAGUUCGUGUCGACGGCUACGACCCGAAACAUCGCGGCAUUCCGAAAACGCUCGAGUCAGACUCCAACUUCGAGCCGUAUCUCGCCAGCCCAGGCGAGCACUUUGACGUCCACCUCACCGUUGUCAACGCAGCGAAGGUCACGCUGUCGGAUAAGGCGUUCGAUGCGGGCGGAAGGGGGACCAGGUGGGACCAGGCGCAUUCGGGGAUCGCGCUGAAGUUUGAGGAGGAUGGGCAUUGGCGUUGCAUUUGGGCGCAGCUGGCGGAAUACGACGAUCGUCACCCUGUAACAUGCACGUUCCGGAGCUACCACGAUGUCUACCUUGACGUGGUCCGACCACCCUCCAAGAAGCCCAAAUCAAACCGACGGAGGGGCCGUAAUCGGCGUUGAGUUGCUCUGGUGUAGGUUUGAACAGUAUUGGGGUGCAGAUGUGUGAUGACUGCCAUUUGGUUCGUGACGGACACUUGAGCUGUAUCCCAAGAACUCUCUACCUUGUACCUUGUACGCGCGUGUACGAUUUCCCGAUAUCUCUGUUGUACCUUGUACUAGUAUUGCACGGAUGGAAGACAAAUCUUAUUGACAUUGGAAUGGUGCCUGAUUCCUCAUAGUUGACACUCUGUCACCAACCAUUUGAUGCUGGAUAUCGU